GAGAAUAUAUUAUAGAUGAAAGUGUGGACAUGCUUGCAUGGAGGGUACUAUUCACGGAUAGAUAUGCAUCUGCACUCGGAUCUAAGCGAAGCUGAUGGAGAUCUGCUGGCCCGUCGUGGUCAUGGGCAUGGACGACGGUGCCUACCUAGCCGGCCACUUGCAUCUGUCGUGUUCGAUGCGUCCGAAUUUUCUCCAUCUCCAUGGUCCUCAAUAAGCUGCUUGCUAGCCUAGCCGGCCACCAUGCCAUAGCCAUACUAGCUAGCUGCAUCUCCAUCUCCAUCUCCAUGGAUCGGAGGAUGCAUGGAUGGGUGUGGAUCUGAUCCGCUAUAUAUACCUCACCACCACUAUAUAUCCCAGUAGCAGCAGCAAGCCGCCUCUCAGUUGCCACUGAAGAAAGCCGCUCCUAGCAAUAAUUGUAUUGUUGGAUUGUUGCAUCAGAUCGAUCGAGCAGCUACCUAUAGCUAGCUAGCUAUCUUUGCUUGCUUGGAUAAUUAAUUAUAUAUAUUAGACACACACCAUCUCGUCAGUCAGUUGGAUCGAUGGCUUUCAAAGGACUUCCACGCGACUCCCGUGGAUCUUUGGAAGUCUUCAAUCCAGACGCGCCCACCUUGAUCCGCCCACCGAGGCGGGAUCAGCCCACCUCCCCGUUCCUCCCGAGCUUCACCAUCACCACGGAUGACGAUGAGGUGCAGGCGGAGGAAGACAAGGAUGCUGCCGUGGGCCGCGCCGCGCAAAGGGCCGCGGAGUGGGGCCUCAUCCUCCAGACCGACGAGCACACCGGCCGGCCGCAGGGGGUCACCGCCCGCCCCUCUGGCUCCGGCCACGCUAGCGAGAGUGGAAACUCCCUCGACGAGACCGCCAGGGUGCUACCUCGGGUGUCGGAGGAGCUCCGCGCCGCGCUCUCCGCGUUCCAGCAGACCUUCGUGGUGUCCGACGCCACCCGCCCCGAUCACCCCAUCCUCUACGCUAGCGCUGGAUUCUUCAAUAUGACCGGCUACUCCUCCAAUGAGGUCAUCGGAAGGAACUGCCGCUUCCUCCAGGGCUCCGGGACGGACCCUGCCGAGAUCGCCAAGAUCAGGCAGGCGCUCUCAGCUGGCUCAAACUACUGCGGCCGUCUUCUCAACUACAAGAAGGACGGCACACCAUUCUGGAAUCUCUUGACGGUUGCCCCCAUCAAGGAUGAGGAUGGCAGGGUCCUCAAGUUCAUUGGGAUGCAGGUAGAAGUCAGCAAGUACACGGAAGGGAGCAAGGAUACGGCCGUGCGCCCGAAUGGAUUGCCAGAAUCACUUAUCAAAUACGAUGCAAGACAGAAGGAUCAGGCCCGUAGCUCAGUCUCUGAGCUUCUGCUUGCCCUCAAGAAUCCUAGAUCACUAUCUGAAUCAAGAAACUGCACCUUCAAAAGAAAAUCACAGGAAGCGGACUGUGUGUUUUCGACUCAAGUUCCUGGCAAGAGAACCUCCGAAAGUCGAAUGAGAAGCUCUCUGCAGAAAAUCAGUGAAGUACCCCAAGGAGGGAAUAGAAUUAGUAGAAAAUCCGGCUUGCGUUCACUUAUAGGUUUUCUUGGUAUGGGCCAUGGAAAUAAUGUAGAGAAGAACAUGCUGAAACCAAGAGAAGAACCGCUAAUUGACAGUGAUGAUGAAAGACCCGAAAGUUUUGAUGAUGAUUUCAGGAGGAAAGAAAUGAGAAGGGGUAUAGACUUGGCUACCACACUUGAACGUAUUGAAAAGAAUUUUGUCAUCACCGAUCCGAGGUUACCUGAUAAUCCGAUUAUAUUUGCAUCGGAUAGCUUUCUGCGACUGACAGAGUAUAGCCGUGAAAAAAUAUUGGGAAGAAACUGCAGGUUUCUUCAAGGACCUGAAACUGACCGUGGGACAGUAAAGAAAAUAAGAGAUGCCAUAGAUAACCAAAUAGAGGUCACUGUUCAGCUGAUAAAUUACACAAAAAGUGGUAAAAAAUUCUGGAACCUCUUUCACCUGCAACCAAUGCGUGAUCAAAAGGGUGAUGUUCAAUACUUCAUUGGGGUUCAGUUAGAUGGAACUGAACGUGUUCAAAAUGCUGCUGCAAAAGAUGGUGCCAUGCUGGUUAAGAAAACUGCAGACAACAUUGAUGAGGCUGCAAAGGAACUACCAGAUGCUAAUUUGAGUCUGGAGGAUCUAUGGGCUAAUCACUCAAAACCAGUCCUACCAAAGCCACAUAUGAAGGAUACUGCAUCAUGGAGAGCCAUCCAAAAAGUUCUUGAGAAUGGUGAAAGCAUUGAUUUAAAACAUUUCAAGCCAGUAAAACCUUUAGGAUCUGGUGACACUGGCAGUGUCCAUUUGGUCGAGUUGCUUGGUACAGGUGAAUACUUUGCAAUGAAAGCUAUGGAUAAAAGCGUCAUGCUUAACCGAAACAAGGUCCAUAGAGUGACGGUUGAACGACAAAUCCUUGAUAUGUUGGACCACCCAUUCCUUCCCACGUUAUAUGCAUCAUUUCAGACCAAGACCCAUAUAUGUCUUAUUACGGACUACUGCUCUGGUGGGGAACUUUUUAUGCUCCUCGAUAGGCAACCUAUGAAGGUUCUAAAGGAAGAUGCAGUAAGGUUUUAUGCUGCAGAAGUGGUCACAGCGCUUGAAUACUUGCAUUGCCAAGGUAUAAUCUACCGAGACUUGAAGCCAGAAAACAUUUUACUUCAUAGAGAUGGGCACAUUUCCCUAACAGACUUUGAUUUGUCUUGCUUGACAUCUUGUGUACCACAGGUGUUUCUUCCAGAAGACAAUGAUAAGAAGAACGGAAGGAGGAAGAGUAGGGGUUCUCCCAUAUUCUUUGCUGAACCAAUGCGAGCAUCAAAUUCAUUUGUUGGUACAGAGGAGUACAUUGCGCCUGAGAUCAUUACUGGUGCUGGGCAUACAAGUGCUGUAGAUUGGUGGGCUCUAGGAAUUCUUCUAUAUGAAAUGUUGUAUGGUUACACACCAUUUAGAGGAAAAACAAGACAAAGGACCUUUGCAAAUAUUCUGCACAAGGACAUCAGAUUUCCUACGAGUAUAGAGGUCAGCUUGGCGGCAAGGCAGCUGAUGUAUCGGCUGCUGCAUCGUGACCCUGCAAACAGGCUGGGGUCCUACGAGGGUGCUUCGGAGAUCAAGCAACACACCUUCUUCCGUGGCAUCAAUUGGGCUCUUGUUCGAACUGUCGUGCCGCCCAAGCUAGAGGUGGAGGAUGCAACUGCGGCUACUGUUAGUCACAUGGAUAUGUUCUAAAGUAGAUAUAUAAUGUUGAAAUAUAUAGUAGUGUGUUAGUAUUAUGUCAUAUAAGCAUUGUUCGUGUACACGGUCGUUUAGCUCGUGUACACGCCGUGUACACACUAUAGUGGCUUACUGUGUCCGUUUAGUUAUGUGUUUAUCCCCUUUAAUCAUCAUUUAGUCCAUUUAAAUGGCCGUUGAGCCAGUAGGUGAUUGUUUAAUCCAUUUAAACAUUUAGGGUAACACUGCAUAUUAAGAACUUGAUAAAGUUGGAAAUAAAAGAAAUCAAUAUAAUUGGUGGCCAAAA